AUGGCUUCACGACUGCCCGCAUUCGCACUAUUUCCCAUAUCGACAUGGCGGGACCAACUCCCACCCGAUGAAUGGACCGCUUGUCUUGGUGCCUGGCAGGCUCUUCUUGACAGCCACCUCUCACUAUCUGACUCCGAGUUUACGACCGUUUCAAGCAAGGAUGAUAGCUUACCAGGCUUUCUCACGAGCUUUACUCGGGAAGUUGCGUUAGGAGGUAUCGCCAUUUUAGGACCAUCCCAAGCUGCCAAAAGGCUGUUAAAAACGACAUUCGAAGUCACUACCAGGUUACUUCAGUCGCCGUCGGUGCCUAGCGAAUUAUUGCAGUGGGAGUUGGCAGCAGAUCUGAGCAGGUUAUAUGGCCACAACAAGGUCUUGCCGGUACUCGACGGUCUACCUGCUUCUUCCAAAACCGGUCUGGACUCGUCUUUGGCUGCUCUCAAAAAGUUCCUGAUCAAAAACCUCGACGCCGGUCUUGAUGGCGGGGAUCUCAAAGGCAUUGAAGAACGUUUAGAACGCGUAAACGACUUGAUUCGUGUUUCGCCCCCUGUUGCCGAGUUCUUUCUAGCCGGGAGCGACUUCGUGGACGGUUUAAUCAGCUGCUAUAAGAUUACGAAUCCCCCGCUCCGGAAGGUCCUGAUUGCUACGACGUACCUCUGCCUCACGGGGCUGGCGGAAGGCCAGAAACUGUCGUCCUUGACCGACCAGCUUUACUCUCUUAAAGCGGCUGCGGAAACACACAGGACCGGUCCACUUAACGUCAACGACUCUCUCGUUGCCGAGCUCGUCACAUCCACACCAUUACUCCAAAGGUUACAACGCCGACUCGAGCAGACCCCGGGCACCUCAACCCGGGCUAAGACUGUUCUCACCCAGCUCGGUACCUUCAAGAAAGCAGGCAGCGGCAUCACCAAGCCCAAGCGUUUGAUCAAGCGCAAAGUCGACAAAGGCAAAGGCCUCGCCGAAUUCGACGACGCCCAAGUCCAACAAGAAAUCCAUAUCCACCGCAUGAGCCAAAUCUCCCAAGUCCAAGACCUCUUCCCAGACCUCGGCACGGGAUUCAUCGCCAAGCUGCUCGACGAAUACUCCGACUCCCCUGAAAUCGUCAUCUCCCACCUCCUCGACGAUUCCCUGCCACAACACCUCCAAACCGCCGACCGCACCGAAGACCUCUCUCCUUCGCAACCCACUCCACAACCCCGCCGAUCCUCCCUCAUCCCACGCCCCACGCCUCCCCUUCACCCAGCCACCAACCUCACCGAAGACGACUCAGAUGACGCCAUCCUCAACGCCCCCCUCGGGAGUCUACACAUCGGCAAACGCCCCGGCAACGCCGACACCUUACUGGCCGCCCCCAAACCCGCCUCCCACAAAGCCGCCGUGCUCUCCGCCCUGGCCGCCUUCGACUCCGACGACGACGAACGCGACGAUACCUAUGACGCGGCUGAUGUUGGGGGGACGGUACCCGCCGGUCCUGGUGCAGACGACGAUGUCGGCAGUGCGACUACAACUGGAACAUUGUCCGAUACAGCGGAGGGUAUCCUCUUCCGCACAUGGCUAGCGGCGACAGAUCCGGGGAAGAGGGUAUUUGCGCGGGAGAAUGAAGUGCGCAAGGGGGUUGAGAGGGCGAGGUUGCGUGCUGAGACGGGGUUGACGGAUGAGGUUAUUGAAGGGUGGGCUGUGAUGGUGGGGAGGGAUGCGGGGAUGCGGAGGAGGUUGAUGGCGCGGUUUGGGGAGUGGGCGGGGCAGCAGGCUGAGGUGGUUAGUACGGCAUGGAGGGCGGGGGGGGAU